CACCUCGGCGCAGCCAUGUUCCUCGCCCGUCACCGCUGCUCAUGGUUCAAGUCUCUGCAGAUCUCUAACUGCACAUUGUUCAGAGUGAGUGGACCACAGUCUCAGAGCUCUUGUUUGAUUGUGUGCGAAAUUAACACCCCCAGAAGGGGCAGUGGCAGAGGUGAGGACAGGAAACGGAAGUGGCCCUCCGACUGUUUUAAGUCUUGUUGGCGCGCGGCACUAAAGAUUUGUUGUUGUCUCUGUGGAGCUGUUGAGCUUCCCCCUUAAUGGAGGCUGCAGGAUCUUCCAUUUAUUUUGACUGCAGCCCAUAUACACACACCUCUCCAGCUUUGGAAGGUGGACUGGUAUCCAGAGUGAACAUGCCAGCUAAUGGGAAAUCACCCCAGAGGUUUCCUGCCCUGGUUCCAGGACAACCUGGUGGAUCAUUUGAGGGAUCCGUGUCAUUCGAAGAUGUGGCUGUGGAUUUUACCCGACAGGAGUGGCACAGCCUGGAUCUUGCCCAGAGGACCAUGCACAGGGAUGUAAUGCUGGAGAACUACAGCAACCUGGCAUCUGUGGGCCUCUGCGUGGCCAAACCAGAGAUGAUCUUCAAGUUGGAGCGAGGGGAAGAACUGUGGAUAUUAGAGGAGGAGUCCUCAGACCAUGGUUACACAGGUGCCAACAGUUCUGUUUGGAGUAAUUCCCUCAGGCAUGAUAAUGACCUUCAGCAUCGGAAGAUUCAAACUUUGGAUCAAACUCUCGAAUAUCAGAAAGCCUUCUACAAGAGAACGAGCUUUGUUGGACACAAAAGAACACACACAGGAGAGAGAAACUUUGAAUGUAAUGAAUGUGGGAAAACUUACUGCAGGAAAUCAAACCUUAUUGAACAUCUGAGAAUACACACAGGGGAGAGACCCUAUAAAUGUGGUGAAUGUGCAAAAACUUUUAGUGCAAGAUCAUACCUCAUUGCUCAUCAGAAAACUCACACAGGAGAGAAGCCCUUUGAAUGUAAUGAAUGUGGAAAAUCUUUUGGCAGGAAGUCACAACUCAUUCUACAUCAGAGAACACAUACAGGAGAGAGACCCUAUGAAUGUACUGAUUGUGGGAAAACCUUUUCUGAGAAGGCAACCCUCAUGAUUCAUCAGAGAACUCACACAGGGGAGAAACCCUAUGAAUGUGGCGAAUGUGGGAAAACAUUUCGUGUUAAGAUAUCCCUUACUCAACAUGAGCGAACUCACACAGGGGAGAAACCCUAUGAAUGUGGUGCUUGUGGGAAAAACUUUGGUGCAAAAAAAUCCCUAAACCAACAUCAAAGAAUUCAUACAGGUGAGAAACCCUAUAAAUGUGGUGAAUGUGGGAAAUUUUUUAGAUUGAAGAUGACUCUUAAUAAUCACCAGAGAACUCAUACGGGUGAAAAACCCUACCAGUGUAAUGAAUGUGGGAAAUCUUUCAGUGUGCACUCAUCUCUUGGAAUACAUCAGCGAAUUCACACAGGAGAGAAACCUUAUGAAUGUAACAAAUGUGGUAAUGCCUUCUAUGUCAAAGCACGCCUCAUUGAACAUCAGAGAAUGCAUUCAGGAGAAAAACCAUAUGAAUGUAGUGAAUGUGGAAAAAUCUUCAGUAUGAAGAAAUCCCUUUGUCAACACCAGAGAACUCACACAGGAGAGAAACUUUGUGAAUGAAGAAAUGCCUUUUCUGUGAAAGUAUGCCUCAUUAACACAGGAGAGACCCUUCGAAUAUCAAGAAUGUGGGAAAGCUUUCUGCCAGAAGGCACACCUCACAGAACAUCAGAGAACUCACUUAGGCCAGCCCUUGCCUUGUACUGUGGAGAAAGCUUCUCUAAGAAGACUCCCCUCACCAUUUGGUCAAGCCCUUUUGGCCAUCUGAUUACUGGGGCACACAGAGUAUACCUGUAACAAUAUGGCUCCUGCCUUGGUGUGAAAAUUGUCCUGAUCCCCUUAGGGAGUGGCUUAUUGUUGUUUUCAUUUCAUUUGGAUUCCCUUAAUUGGUGGUAAGGUUGAGAAUCAGCUUACCUGUUGACUGGUCAUUGUUAUAUUUCUUCUGUGCAAUGACUGUUCAUAUCCUUUGCUUAUUGUUUUCUAAUAGGCUGUCUUUUACUUUUUGGUUUAAAUGUUGUUUUCCUUGUCCUUUAAAAAAUAUAUGAGAACAUAAAAAUCCCUUUUCAGUCAUUUGUGUUUCAGAUAUCUCCUCUCAGUCUGUGACUGGUUCUUUAAUUUGUUAACUCUUUUCUUCUGCCUAAGGUUUUAUGUUUUCAUGUUAUCAGUUUCAAGGUGAUAAUAUUCUCCUGUACUUUGUUCUAAAGUGAAGGUUUCAUUUUCAACAUUGAAAAUUUUAAUCUACCCUAAGUUUUUUCUGUAUAAUAUGAAGUCUUCAAUAUAUAAUGCUAUAUUUUAAAAAAUUUACAUCAGUAGUAUCACACUAUUUUUGUUUAUGCAGCUUGCUUUUUUCAAGAAAUGUUACCUUUCCAAGAUCUAUCCAUGUUGGUAAAUAUAGCUUUGGUUUAUUUAUCUCUCCAUUUCCCUAGUGAAAGGCAUUUGUAUCAUUUCUGUGUUUAGUAUUUAAAUCUAGAAGUGGCAAUGAUGGGUCAUAGGGUGUAGGCAGUAUGCCAGUUAUUAAUCUAUUGUGCCCCAGUUCCAAACCUGCCCUUCUAUACCAGGGCUUUGUGAUGCUGGGGCCAUGACUCUAUAGAACACACUCCUGUCUUGCCAGCUGCUACUCUCUGUUGGGUCUUGCCAAUAAAGAUAUGAAAUAUAAAUGUUGAGCCUAUGGACAGAAGAAGGGACUUGCUCUUUUUUUUUUUUUCAGUUCCAGUUGGCUCCCUGUUUAUCUGAGUAUCAGCCCAGCAUUGCUUCUUCACUUGGGAAGCAGCAGAUCCUCAUGGUAGUAGCAGUUUAACCCAGUUUGCACUUUCCCAGCACUAACAGCUCUAUGGUACUGCACCCCCUCAGAGACACUUGCAACAUCUGGCUAGUGCCACCUCCUUAGAACUAUGAAUCUCAGUCACAUGAGACCCCACUUACAACCUUCUAUUUUUAGUAAUUCCAACUUCUUCCCUUUUUACCCUAGUCCCACUGCUUUCUGCAGUUGCUGAGUCCAUGAGAAUUUUAAUGUUCUCUUUGUUUUUAAGUUAGUUGGUUAGUAACUUCAUAACUAAUUAAAAAAUUUUUAAAUAAAUUCUCUCUAUUAAAAUAACUGGUAUGGUUUCUGUCUCCUAGCUGGGUUCUGAUUGAUAUAGAAGUUUUUCAACUUGACUAAAUAUUAAAGUUUUUAAAAAUUGCACUAUUUUACACUCUCAUGAGCAGUUUGAGAAAAAGUUUACAUUUUCCCACAUAUUCACUAGGACUUAUCUGUUAUUUUUUGAUAAAUUGUUGCCCAUCUGAAAGGUGUAAAAUGGCCUUAAG